CUCGCGGCGGGCUCUAUUUUUGAGCCGAAAAUCAUCGGCCGCGGCUCUUUCUAGCUGUUUCACCAGACGCGGAGGAAGUCUUACAUAUAACGCGAGACGGAAGAACCGUCGGCUCUUCAGGUAUCGAUCGUCGGCCGUGCGAGAAAAAGCGUGAUCAUGGAAGAAGACGAGCAAAAAAUGGCGGUAAUGCGUAAAGCCUUCCAAAUGUUCGACACAACGAAGAGCGGUUUCAUCGAUACCCUCAAGAUAUCAACGAUAUUGAACACGAUGGGUCAACUCUUCGACGAUGGAGAACUGAAUGCGAUAAUAGAGGAAAACGAUCCCGAAGGUACGGGCAAGGUGAACUUUGAUGGAUUCUGUAGGAUCGCAGGACGAUUUCUCGAGGAAGAAGACGCCGAAGCGAUGCAGGAGGAACUUAAGGAGGCCUUCCGAUUGUACGACAGAGAAGGAAACGGUUAUAUCACUACGGCUACGCUGAAAGAAAUUUUAGCUGCGUUAGAUGACAAAUUAACUAGUUCCGAUCUUGACGGCAUAAUCGCUGAAAUCGAUACAGACGGUUCUGGAACGGUGGACUUUGACGAAUUCAUGGAAAUGAUGACAGGCGAGUGAGGAUGGGAAAGGAGUCUGUCACGAAAAUGACGAUUUCAUUUCCUGAAAACAUCACAAAAGACCGAUAUUAAUGAUAGAGGAAGAGAGAGAGAGAGAGAGAGAGAGAGAGAAAACUCUGUCAAGAUCAGCGUUCGUUAUACUAGCGUAAUUUCCUAAUAAAAUGAUCCUUUAUCCAACUGGAAAGAAAGA